UGGUUACAGAUAUGGAAAAUUGUUACAAAUGUGAAGACACUGAGUGGCCAAAUCAGGAGAAGACCCUGUGUAUUGAGAAACAAAUAGAAUUUCUUUCCUAUGCUGGUGAUCCCCUAACUCUAAUCUUUAUUAUCUCAUCUGUAAUCCUUUUUAUAAUAGCAGCAGUUAUACUGGGAAUCUUUAUUUCAUUCCGAGACACCCCAGUAGUGAGAGCCAAUAAUCACACUCUGAGCUUUAUUCUCCUUGUCUCCAUCAAGCUGAGCUUCCUCUCUGUGUUUCUGUUCCUCGGUCGCCCUGUGGAUAUAACCUGCAUGCUCCGGCAAACCUCCUUUGGGAUCACCUUCUCCAUAGCUGUGUCUUGUGUCCUGGCCAAGACUAUCAUGGUUUCCAUUGCAUUCAAAGCCACCAAGCCUGGGAGUCCCUGGAGAAAAUGGGUUGGGGUAAAACUGGCAAAUGGGCUUGUUUUUAUUUGCUCAUUAAUUCAGUUUCUGAUUAUUGUUUUCUGGUUGGUCAUUGCACCCCCUUUUGUAGAGAAAAACUUUCAUUCUGAACCUGGAAAAAUCAUCAUUCAGUGCAAUGAGGGCUCAGCCAUUGGCUUCUAUCUUGUCCUCUCCUACAUGGGGCUGUUGGCAUCUGUGAGCUUCAUUGUAGCUUUCUUGGCUCGGAGCUUACCGGACAGUUUUAAUGAGGCCAAGUACAUCACUUUCAGCAUGCUGCUCUUCUGCAGUGUUUGGAUCACAAUGAUCCCGGCCUAUCUGAGCACCAAAGGCAAAUACAUGGUGGCAGUGGAAAUAUUUGCCAUCAUCUCUUCAUCCUGUGGCCUUCUCUUCUGUAUAUUCCUACCCAAGUGUUACAUUAUUUUAUUCAAACCAGAGAUGAACUCAAAACAAUAUUUGUUGGGAAAAUGUAAUACAUAA